AUGGCUCGUCGUUAUGAUAGUAGAACGACCAUCUUCUCUCCAGAGGGAAGACUCUAUCAAGUUGAAUAUGCCAUGGAGGCUAUCGGACACGCCGGAACCUGUCUCGGCAUCUUAGCAUCGGAUGGAAUCGUGAUCGCUGCCGAGAGAAAGAAUGUCCAUAAGCUUUUGGACGAUUCGGUUUUGACCGAGAAGGUUUACCGUCUCUCGGACAAUAUCUCGUGCACUGUUGCUGGAAUCACUGCUGAUGCCAACAUUCUCAUCAACCAUUUGAGAUGGUGGGCUGCCAGCUAUCGCAACAGCUACGGAGAGGAGAUGCCAGUCGAGCAGCUUGUUCAAAAUCUUUGCAAUGAAAAGCAGAGAUACACACAGAUUGGAGGAAAAAGACCGUUCGGAGUUUCGCUCCUUUACGCCGGAUGGGACAAACACUACGGAUACCAGCUCUACCAGUCUGAUCCAUCUGGAAACUACACUGGAUGGAAGGCUACAUGCAUUGGAAGCAACCAUCAGGCUGCCGUCACCUUGCUGAAGCAAGAGUACAAGUCUCCAACUCUCGAGGAAGCCAAAAAGUUGGCUAUCAAAGUUCUCUGGAAGACACUUGACGUGAAGCUUGCUUCCGAGAAAGUCGAAAUGGCUGUUCUCACUCGUCGUGAUGGAAAGACUGUUCUCGAGGAACUUUCUACCAAGGAAGUCGAUGGAUUGAUUGCAGAGCAUGAGAAGAAGGAGAAGGAAGCCGAGAGUGCUGAGAAGAAGUAA